CUCGUUCAAAACCUCUCAACCUCUCUAUCCCUCUCUCUCUGCGCGAUGUUCCACUGUUCAUGACGUGAAAUAAUCAAAGAAUUUUGCUUAAUUCUCGAGAUCAAAUCGAUAUCGGAAAAUCGGUGCUUGAUCGGGGAACGUGUAGUAUGGGUACCAGAGCAGGUGGAAACCCCGUGGAUCUCUGGUCGGAAUUCGUAGCUGAAGAACAAUCAGAAAAUCCUAUCCAAACAGAGCCGCGAGAACCGCAGAUUACUGUUGUCUACGGCCGUAAAAAGGCCGAGAACCCUCCCAACGAUGUAGCGAAGAGGCUGUCUAAUCCCAGCAAUGAGUGUGCCAGGGUGAGUUUUGCGCCCACCAAGCGCGUCAGUUGGAACCGCUCUCUUUCUACCAGAGGAAGGACAAGUAUUGCUAUUGCAUGUGUGGAUUAUCAGCAUCAACAAAGGAAGCCAAAGAGAAAAACAAAACCAGCUAUUCCCAGAAGCAAAGCCCUUCAAUCUGCAAACUAUGAAAAGGAGAGGUCAUAUUUUCAAGAAGUUGAUUCCUUUGAGCUGUUAGAGGAAAGCCCCUCACCGAAGAACUUUGGCACAUGGGCCUCAGGUGCCCAAUGUGAUGAUAUUUCCAUACCAUAUAUGUCAGUGGAACUGCAGAAAUGGUUAUUGUCCAAGAAGCUAAAUGACAGUUAUGGACCUUCUGUUUCCCUGUCUAAGAUAUUAGAACCUCCUGCAUUACCAGGGGAUUCCACUUGCAAUCAUGGUUUAGACUCUUCAAGUUUGAAAACCCCAGAAAAAGCAUCUCACCGCAUUGAUUCAGGUUUAUAUGCAUCCCAAAAGAAAUUCAGUUUGGAUUUGAUGGAUACAGAUGCUGCUGGAGGGCAUUUAUGUUCCCAAAAGAGCAACAGUGAAUUCCAGACUCGGGGCAGCAAGGAUUGUGAAAACAUUGAGGUUGCAGUUGGCAAACUCUCUCUGACAUCAAAGCGUGUGUCAUUAGAUGAUCAUUGCUGGGAUCCAUUUUUAGCUCUUCUGGCACUAUGUGGACAAUCAGCUCCUUCAAAGCUGUUGGAUGUGUUCUCUAAGUUUUGUGAUCCAGAAAGUAUUGUCAAGAUUGGUGAAGGUACAUAUGGAGAGGCUUUCAGAGCUGCUGAAACCGUCUGCAAAAUUGUUCCAUUUGGCGGAGAUUUACGCGUCAAUGGAGAAGUGCAAAAGAGAUCAGAAGAAUUACUUGAGGAGGCCUUACUUUCCCAGAUGCUGAAUCAUUUGAGAGGACACCAUGGGCAUCUUUCCUGUUCCUGUUCAACAUUCAUAGAAACUAUGGAGUUGAAGGUUUGCCAAGGUCCUUAUGAUGCUGCUCUGAUAAGAGCUUGGGAAGAAUGGGAUGCAAAGCAUUGUUCGGAAAAUGAUCAUCCUAAAGACUUUGCAGAGGGACAGUGCUACGUAGUUUUUGUUCAAGAGCAUGGUGGUCAGGAUCUUGAAAGCUUUGUGCUCUUGAACUUCAAUGAAGCACAAAGUUUACUAGUGCAGGUUGCAGUUGCCUUGGCCGUGGCAGAAGCUGCAUAUGAAUUUGAACAUCGGGAUCUGCACUGGGGGAACAUUCUGUUAAGUCGGAAAGAUUGUGCAACAUUGCAGUUCACUCUUGAGGGAAGGCAAAUAUUUAUCAAAACAUAUGGGUUAUUGGUAUCCAUAAUUGAUUUCACUCUUUCAAGAAUUAAUACUGGUAAAGAGAUUCUUUUUCUGGACCUAUCAUUAGACCCAGAGCUUUUUGAGGGUCCUAAAGGAGACAAACAAGCAGAUACAUAUAGGAAAAUGAAAGCGGUAACUCAAGAUUGCUGGGAAGGAAGUUUCCCCAAGACAAAUGUGCUGUGGCUGCAGUAUCUGGUUGAUAUUUUACUCUUGAAGAAAUCAUAUGAUCGAACUUCUAAAGAUGAGAGAGACUUGCGUUCGCUGAAGAAGCGCCUGAACAACUACGGUUCCGCAGGGGAAGCAAUCGCUGAUCCUUUCUUCUGCGACAUGUUUGUUGAUCAUGCCAUGUAAUGGAAAGCAGAUUUUCCCAGUAGUAAAGAAGGUAUUUUUAUUGCUUUUUACAUGACAUGGUCGACAAACAUAUCCCGAAAUGAAGGAUCAGAGAUUGUUGCUUCCUUUCUGUGUCUUAUAGAAUUCUCGACUCCCCAUUUGUACAUAUUUAUGGAGCCCUUUCUUAUGGGAUGGCUCUAAAUAUCCUACUGUCUGAGAGAUUAAUCUCAAGUCAAGGAUUAAAAAUCACAGUUUCUUGAAGCUGAAUGCUUCUUUUGUCUAGAUGUAUCCGUAAUGCAAGCAAGCACUUCUAUUCCUAGUAAGGAACCAGUGGCCCAUCUUGACGAGUAAUGGUAUUUGCAAGGCUCUUUUCUUCCAUUCAGAUAAUGUGGAUGG